UCGUAGCCGCCAUGUGGGUGCUGGGACUCGAACCCGGGUCUUCUGCAAGUACAGUCAAGUGUUCUUAACUGCUGCGCCAUCUCUCCAGCCCCGUAUUAGCAUCUUUCUUAAGUCCAGUGUUGCUGUCGUGGCGUCUGGGAUUUGAAUUUAGAAGAUUCAGUACCACUCGGGGAAAUUGUAUCAGCUUCCAGAGAGUGGUCGUAAACGGGCUCGUGAGAAAUCACUGUUCAUAGACUUGCCACACAGCAGGGCCGCUAGCUUCAGAAUUCAGGGAGGACAACAUGCAAAAUCCGAAUGAAGAGAAACUUCAGCAAUACCCCGAUGGCGAAGAAUUUUUAAAUCGCCUUUUGGAGUAAGAAUAUGAAGAAUCACGCGUCCCAUGAAGGCCCUAGGAAAGUUCUUGUUCAAACUGGAUAUGAGGGUUAGUUUUGCAAAACUAGCAUCGGAAAACAACAAGAAACAGAGCGCCAACCGGCGCGGCGCCUGGUGGUGCAGUCUGGGACUCCGGGGCACCCCAAUCCCCACGAAUCAGCGAGGAAAGGGAGAACCAUAGGCAGAGCCAGGGUGGAGAACUUACGCGGAAGGGGCUGCGAGGCGCGCAGUGACGACGUCCUAUUGCCGCGCCGCCACCUCCGUUUCCCUGGCAACCGCCGCGGACCCGCCUGGCGUCUGCCCCAGCCAUGCUCUCCCGGCGGGCCCGGGACCCGAUGCAGGUGCUGCGGCGCCGCGACCGGGAGUUGAAGCUGCAGGUUGAUAGUUUGGUUGCUGAGAGCCAACUUAAAGGAGCUCUAGAACCCAGUAAAAGGAAAGAUAUUUACCAAAGAUGCAUCCAGUUAAAACAGGCAGUAGAUGAAAAUAAAACUGUUCUUCAAAAAUUAAACAAAGCUGAUGAAGCUGUACCCGUUGGGAACUAUGAGAAAAGAAAGGAAGAGGAGCUCAGUCUUUUGGAGAAACUUACCUGUCAACUGCAGGAACUUGCUGUGGGCAUAAGCCAAGAAAAUGUGCCUGAAACUGAUGCAUGUAGUGAAAAGGAGGAAGAUGAUGAUUCUACUGAAGAAGAUGAAGAAGAAAGUGAAGAAAGUGGCAGAGAGGAGGAAGAAUCAGAAAAGGAGAAGCAGGAGCAAGAGUCUCCGAGACAGUCAACAGGCAGUGAUUACAUUGCUCUCGGGGAUUUUGCUGCUCAGCAAGCUGGGGACCUUACGUUUAAGAAAGGAGACAUUCUCCAUGUAAUUGAGAAAAAGCCUGAUGGUUGGUGGAUGGCUAAGGAUGCUGAUGGGAACAAGGGUCUCAUCCCCAGAACCUACCUGGAGUCCUAUAAUAAAGAAGGCAUCAGAGAAUCAAGUGAAGAGGGCAGCAAGGAGGGCAGUGAGGAGGAUGUGGAGGUGGUGGAUGAAACUGCAGAUGGAGCUGAAGUGAAACAAAGAACUGAUUCCCACUGGAGUGCUGUUCGAAAAGCUAUCUCAGAGCAGAUAAACACCAUUGAUGUGUUAACCACGAUGGGGACUAUUCCUGCAGGGUUCCGGCCUUCCACACUUGCCCAGCUGCUAGAGGAAGGGAAUCAGUUUCGAGAAAGUUACUUCUUACAGCCGGAGCUCACUACAUCCCAGCUGGCCUUCAGGGAUCUAAUGUGGGAUGCUAAAGCAGGCACUAUUAAGUCAAGACCAAGUCGUGUUUCAUUGAUUCUGACCCUGUGGAGCUGUAAAAUGAUUCCUCUUCCAGGAACAAGCAUACAGGUUCUCAGCAGACAUGUCCGCCUCUGUCUGUUUGAUGGCAGUAAGGUUCUGAGCAACAUUCACACAGUCAGAGCUACGUGGCAGCCUAAAAAGCCCAAAACAUGGAGCUUUUCUCCCCAGGUCACUGGCAUCUUGCCAUGCGUGCUUGAUGGAGAUUGUUUUAUUAGGUCCAAUUCUUCAUCUCCAGACCUUGGAAUAUUAUUUGAACUUGGAAUUUCUUACAUUCGAAACUCAACUGGUGAGAGAGGAGAGUUAAGCUGUGGCUGGGUGUUUCUUAAACUUUUCGAUGGCAGCGGAGUUCCUGUUCCAACAAAGACUUAUGAACUCUUCUUGAAUGGUGGCACUCCUUAUGAGAAAGGUGUUGAGGUAGACCCCUCAGUGUCCAGAAGAGCACAAGGUAGUAUGUUCCAUCAGAUGAUAAGCAUGCGAAGGCAACCUCAACUUCUAGUGAAACUGCGGUCUCUGAACAGAAGAUCAAGAGCCAUGCUCAGUCUGCUGCCAGAAACAUUGAUUGGGAAUAUGUGCUCCAGUCACUUACUGAUAUUUUACCGACAAAUUCUUGGAGAUGUGCUGUUAAGAGACAGGAUGAACCUGCAAAGUGCUGAUUUAAUUAGUCAUCCACUGCUGGCCACCUUCCCCAAGCUCAUGGAGCAGCCUGACCUGAUGGAUGCUCUCAGGAGUUCAUGGGCUGAGAAAGAAAGCACACUGAAAAGAUCAGAGAAGAGAGACAAAGAGUUCCUGAAGGCCAAGUUCCUCCUGGUCUACCAUGACUGCGUGCUCCCUCUUCUGCAUUCUACACUGCUGCCCCCAUUCAAGUGGGCAGAGGAAGAGACGGAGGCUGCGCGAUGGAAAGCCAUCGCUGACUUCCUCAAGCAAAACCAGGAGAACGAGGGCUCCUUGAAGGCUCUGCUGUCUCCAGAUGGGGUCCACGAGCCUUUUGAUCUCUCAGAGCAGACCUAUGACUUCCUGGGUGAAAUAAGAAAGAACACAGCCUGACGGGACUGUGGUCCUUCGCUUCCCACUGGACCCAGUGAGCUCUCCAUGAUGACUUGGAUCAAAUGACAGAAUCUAAAGAAACAGACUUGCUAGAACUUAGGUCAUACUCUUUUGUGUACAAAAUAUAUUUUUAAAGAAAUACCUAAUAAUUUGAUUGUUUAAAACAAUAAAAUAAAUUUUAU